AGUUCCCUUUUUUUCUUUACACCUAAAUAUGUUCUUCUUCUAACUUCUCUUGUGACUCAUGAUCAUCUGCUAGCUCCAGAUAAGAGAAAAGGCCGUGACCGUAUCUUCGCUGCUAAUUGAAUACAACUUGGAGUUUCUGCCGCCUGAGUAGCAAGAAGUGCUUUUGUAGAUGUCAGUUUUGCAAUAGCAGUAGCUUUGAGUACUUUAUAAGAAUCCUCGAUCAGGUUUUGUUGUAUUAUGGAAUUCGACAUACAUCAGGGUUCUGCACAGGAGAAUUCCUCUGAAAUUCCAUCUCUCAUCAAGUAUAUAUCAUCAAAUGAAGUGGCCGGCUUUGAUGACGCUAGCUCGGCAAGCUUGAUCAAUAUCAAUGAUCAGUCAACUGAAUCUCAAUCUCUCAGUCCAUCUGCCACUGGCGAUGAAACUGAACCCAUCUACCAUCAUAAAAGGGUGGAGUCUAUUUCUAUCAGCAUGCCUUCAUCUCCAGGGGGAGUUCACUUACAGACUCCAAGAAGAGUUAUCUUCAGUGGCGAAACCAUUUUUAAGCGUGGGAUUCCAGAUCAUGAUUCUCGUGUAUCCAAGACUGAACCACUAAAACCGCCAAAACAUCAUUUUCAACCAAUGCUAAGAGGCGCUGCAUAUGAUAAGUCGAUCAAUGAUGGACAAUUUGCCUAUCACGAAAAUAUUAGAAGGUUGAAGGACAAGAGAUAUGAUUCUUUCAAAACAUGGUCUGGGAGACUUGAAAGGCAGAUCACACUACUGCGUGGAAAGCCAACACUAGAUUCUAGACCCGAGGAUGAUACAGUGCAGAGUAGAGAAGUUGAGAGAAAUUUACCUGUGGACCGCUACUUCGAUGCCUUGGAAGGGCCAGAGCUGGAAACCCUGAAGGCUUCAGAGGAAAUGGUGCUUCCUCAUGACAAGAUAUGGCCCUUUCUUCUACGUUAUCCUAUCUCUUCAUUUGGUAUCUGUCUUGGUGUUAGCAGCCAGGCAAUUAUGUGGAAAGCCCUGGCCACCUCUUCCUCCACAAAAUUUCUUCACAUAAGCCUGACAGUAAAUCUCGUUUUAUGGUGCAUUUCUAUUGCUCUUAUAGCCACUGUUACUUCCAUCUACCUUUUAAAAGUAAUUCUCUACUUUGAAGCAGUUCGGCGUGAGUACUACCACCCUAUACGUAUCAACUUCUUCUUUGCCCCAUGGAUAUCCCUAUUGUUCUUAGCUCUUGGAGUGCCACCUCUAGUUGCUAACAACCUGCCUUCAGCUCUUUGGUAUGUUCUCAUGGCACCAAUAUUCUGUCUUGAGAUUAAGAUCUAUGGACAGUGGAUGUCAGGAGGCCAAAGGAGGCUAUCGAAGGUCGCAAAUCCUUCAAACCAUCUUUCUGUAGUUGGGAAUUUUGUUGGUGCAUUACUGGGUGCAUCAAUGGGGCUAAAAGAAGGUCCUAUCUUCUUCUUUGCCAUUGGUUUGGCUCACUACACGGUCCUAUUUGUAACUCUCUACCAGAGACUUCCAACAAAUGAUACACUCCCAAAAGAGCUUCAUCCGGUAUUCUUUCUGUUUGUGGCAGCACCAAGCGUUGCUUCAAUGGCAUGGGCAAAGAUUCAAGGCACCUUUGAUUAUGGUUCACGGAUUGCUUACUUCAUCUCCCUGUUCCUUUAUUUCUCACUGGCAGUUCGGCUCAAUUUCUUCAGAGGGUUCAAGUUCUCAAUAGCAUGGUGGGCCUACACUUUUCCAAUGACUGGUGCUGCCAUUGCAACCAUCAGGUACUCAAAUGAAGUCAAAAGUGUCUUGACCCAAGCUCUAUCUGUCAUACUCUCUUCCGCUGCUACGCUUUCAGUGACGGGCCUGCUUAUAACAACCAUUUUGCAUGCCUUUGUUCUACGAGACCUUUUCCCUAAUGACAUUGCCAUUGCCAUCAGUGACAAAAGGCCAAAAACAAUGAGAAAGUGGUUCCAUCUAAGACAUAGUAGCUCAGAUUCCAGAGAUGUAGAGAAUUUCUUAAAAUUUUCAGGCUCAGAUAGCAACGAUAUAGAAGCCUCUCUAAAAUAUUCCAGCUCUCGACGUAGAGAGUCUUAAGCUAGCUUCCACUAUUAGGCCCGUGAUUCAACGGCCUUAAACGUUAAGAGGUUUGUGAAAUUAUUCAAUGAGUCGUUCGCUACUGAUACAUGGGAGGAACAAAAGCAAGGGUUUUGGCAGUUCCAGGGAACAUGUAACAGAGUGAUCGAAGAUUUAGUAGUAAGAGGAGAGUAAUGCUCAAACAGAAGCUGAGUUGUAAAUUGUAGGAGAAGGUUUGAUGGGAAUACACUAUUAGUGUAUAUCUUGUGCAACAAUGUUCCAUUAUAGCUCAAAAGAAUUAAAGAACGA